GUUUGCGUGAGCAAGGGAGGGAAAAUGUCUGCUGGGAAACAAGAAACCUCUUUUCUAAGGGUAGGGGGAGAAGAUACAUAAACUUACUGCCCUCUGGAAAUCAAAGCAGGAGAAUUCUUUUCUGCCCAUAUACUUUAAUGCAAAGUAAAUUCUGACCAUCCAGCAAAGCUGCAUAUUGCCCUCAUCUGCAGGCUUGAUAUGCACACCUCCUGAUAGUCCCAAUGAUUUGUCCCACACAAUUUCUUCAGAUACUUUCAUAUUCUCCUGCUUGCUCUCCACAUUUCCCUUAUUCAUAAGCUACAUUUUGUUCCUUGUAUAUUGAUGCGGUUCUUGUAAGAGCCCAACUGUGCUACCUGUGGUUUAGGUCAGUACUAUAGGGAUUUAGAGAAGGUGUAGUAGCAGUGUAGGACAGACAGACUCUGGCAGUUACAUUCUGUAUCUGGGGACUCAUCUUAGUCCCCUGUAGUUUACUCCUGAGACUGCAGACCUUGAAUUUGUCUCUCCCUUAUGGCUACUUAACUUUCCUAUAGAUCUUACUAAUGAUGGCUACUGUGUUAAGCUUUAAAGCUGGAUUUAAAACAGUGACCUGCCUUGGAUGUAGGAUAAUUUCAGAUCAACUCUUCCCACCAGUUUUCUUUUUUUCCCCCUCUAUGUACUAUAAUACUCAUAACGUAUUAUUAAUUGUUGUUGAAUAGAUAAAACUUACUUUUUAGAAUACCACUGAAAGGAUUACACAGGUAAAGGUAGUUCUCCCGCUGUCUGUCCCCCAUCCCCUGUGUCUGUCCCCGCCCCCCAUAUAUGUGCAAAUAAACAUAAAGUACAAAAUGAUCCCUGCCUUGAAGAUUGCCUAGCCUAGAGUAAAUCGAGAAACAUCACUGGAGUAAAAAACAGAAGUCUGUCUUAGUCUUUCUCACUUCUGCUGCAGUCAGUCCUCUUUUUUCUGAAAAUACAUUAGUCGCAUGAUCUGGUAAUUGUUAACACUGCAGACUGGCAAUGACAAACUUCUUUCCUGUCUUCCCAGUUAACCAGUCCCAUCUAAGUGGGUGCUUUGGAGGCUAAUAUAGGAAGUACAGACUUCCUAUUUCACAGGCAAUUACACAGACUUUCCUUGAAAGGGCGCGGUUAUCAUCUUUGAAAGUGCCAUUUGGGGUGCAUAAAAGAUAUAGCAGUUAUUCUGAAGACUUACUCGCCAAGAAAAUCCUGUGUUUGUUUUAUAUCUUCUGUCUCCAGCUCUAGGGAAGUGUGGUUUUGCUGGGUUUUGUAUCAGUGGUUUCUGAUGCUGUGGGGGGAGGCUGGACAGGGAGGGUCACCCAUCAAGUUGAAGUCAUUUGCCUCACAGACAGCUCUGGAUCCAGCUCCACCUAAGCAGAGCAAGAGAGUAGCCAGUGGGCAAUGAAAACAAUUGUUGUCUGAAUUAGAAUCAAGCUUGCGUGCAAAGAACUGUAUGAACAUGAAAGAGAUUUUAACCCUUCUGCUGAAUCUGUAUUUGGUCUUCAGUGUCAAAGCCAUUCGAGAGAGUAUCCCUAUGAAAAGCUUGAGCUGCUACAAUGACUACAACUCACAGGUGACCUGCACAUGGAUGGAGCAUUCAGAGGCUCAUGCGCUCGUUGGUAUGACUCUUUAUCAAAGGGAUGACAUUAUGAUGGAAAACCAGGAAAUGUUUUGCAAACUCCAGGCAGAAAAUGAUGUACAUGAAGCUCCAGACUCCUAUGUGCACUGGGUUUGUCGCAACACCACACAAAUUUUGGCAAUAGGGGUAAAGAAUAUUUACAGCUUCAAACCUAACAAGAUGCUACAAGCAGAACUAAAUGUUGAUCUUUUCCAAAAUGUUCAGACCCUCCCACCUCAAAACCUCUCAGUCAGCUUGACGAGAUCAGGAGGCUUCUUGUUGACCUGGAGAGCAGCUGAUGGAAUCCAAGGGCUGGGAAAGGCACUGGACUAUGAAGUCACUUACAAGCGGGAGUGGGAGUCCUGGGAGAAGGCUGCCUCGCUCUUGCUCUCCACCACCACACGUUGCCAUCUCAGCCGUGAGGACCUUGUCCCAGGAAGCAGCUAUGUUGCCCGUGUGCGAGCCAGACCGGGGCGAGGCAGUGGCUUCUCUGGGCAGUUCAGCGAGUGGAGCACGGAGGUGUCAUGGGAGACCCCUGAAGGUGGCAUUCAGCCCAGGAACCUUUUCUGCCUCUUCAACGGUGCAGAUCGUCUGACGUGCAGCUGGGAAGUGAAGAAAGUGAUGACCACUUCUGUCCUCUUUGGCUUGUUCUUCAGGGCCACUCCGGCAUCAGUAGAAGAGGAGUGCUCUCCUGUGGAUGAGAAGGCUUUGCCCCACGUCCCCUAUGUGGUACAGAGCUGUGAGAUCCCUGUUAGCAACUCCAGUGGUCUGAGCCAGUACUAUGUGUCUGUUCGGGCCAAGACGGAGGAGAAAUUGAUUGAAAGCUACAAGAACAUCAAGGUGCUGCCGCCUACAAAUGUGUCAGUAACAGUGACGGAGAACGGGGAGUACGAACUGAGGUGGAUAAAACACAAGUUGCGAUAUGGCUUCAUAAAACAGAGAUACGAAGUUGAGUACUGGAAAAGCAACCAAUAUGACAAGGCUCCCCAGAAGUUAAUUAUCAGCAAUGAUGAACCUCCCUUCAUCCUCACCCUGCAGAUGCUGGCAUCAUCUACAGCAUAUAGGGGGAAAAUGCGUGCAAGGGUGAAUACGCCUCUGGAUUACAAGGGGCCUUGGAGUGAAUGGAGUGAGGAGUUCACCUGGGAGACUGAGAAUGUUCUUCCACCGGUGGUUCUCCCAGUGAUGCUCCCAGCUCUCAUCAUCACUUUGCUAAUAGUUGCUUAUUGCAGCUAUAAGUAUUUCCUCAGGAAGAAGAAAAUGUGGGAGGAAAAGAUUCCAAACCCCAGCAAGAGUCUCCUGAUCCAGAGCUACCUGGGGAAAGUACAUUUAGGAAACUGGCCAACAAGCAGCCAGCUGGAUUUCAACAAAUACAGCUUUUCAGACAAGAUGGAUCAGGCUAGCUUCCUUCAAGUUGUGGACAGGCAGAUGAAGACUUUGGAAGAGUCCCCUGAAGGGCAGCCUAAAAAGACAGAUGUUUCUCCUGUCACACUGGACCUACAGAACUCAUACCAUGCUCUAAAUGAGCCAGAGCAUGCCCCAGUUGUCUGCCCAAGACAGAUUGCUGGUCAUUCCUUUCCUGUUUCAAGGAGAAACAGUGCUGAUGCAAGUAUUGCUUCCCAGACAGCAAUCCCUUGCUUUGCUUUCAAUGGUCCAUACUUGUAUAGCCCAAUGAUGUCCUCCCAGCCCAAUAUGCAUCAGAUCCUGGAAGCGGACCCAGCGGGAGACUGUAAGAAAUCAGUUUCCCUUCAGUAUGUGACCCUCCCAAAGGAAGACUGUCCCCAGGCUCCACAAAGGCAAAAGCAGCCAGGAGAAGGUGCUCCACAGCACUUCCUGCUCCCACAACAGAAGGAAAAGAAGCUGCACCUUGAGGAUGAGAAUGAAGCCUCACUGGCCCCACCAGCCUGUGGGGAUAGCAUGAACAUGCGAACAGAAGAGCAGAAAUCUCCAAAGGCUCUUAGCUGUAUCGUGUCUCCUCAGCAGUGUCCCUUGGAGUACAUCACCACAGAGAGCCUGUCACCACCAUCAGCCAGCGACUCCAGCCAUCUGCCACUUGUCACUGCUGGGGAGCUACCUUGUGACUUGCAGGAGCCCCAGCCCUCCAGUGACCACUCUGGCUGUGAGCUUUUUCCUGGGCAAACUGGUGUUGUGGUCCCAGAUUCAGGUCAAGCACCCAUCCCUUCUCCUGAAUUGCCCCUGGAUACAUUUGGAGACUAUCUUACUGUCCCUUUAGGUCUCCAUGGACAUUCAAAACCCACAAAGGUUAUUUUGCCUGUCUUAGAGAAGGGAAACGAUCUUCCUAGGAAGCAGUUUUUGCCAGAGGGUAAUUUGGUGGUGUUAAACCCUGACAGCACUGAGCCAGUUUUCCUUUGUCAGGUUGGUGACUAUUGUUUCCAGAGCCUAAAAUCCGAUGUGAAGAUGGAUGUUAGCCAGGACGACCACCAAGUCAAGAAACUUUCUGAAGGCAAGACAACACCUGGGAAGCCUGUAUCUGAUGAUAAAUCCAUCAAUGGCAAGGAGAAGGAUGUAUCAAAAAUGCAGGCUAUUCAGCUAUUCAAAAACCUGAAAUCAGAUGAUUACUUUUCCUGGCAGCAAUCUUUGAGGAUCACAGAAAUCUGUUAAAUGGGCAAAUAUUAAUGAAUGCCACAGCUACAGGUAACUGGAAGAAGUUGCAACUAUCUGAUGAAAAUGAACCCUCUAACCUAGGAACAAAUAAGUGCCAUAUAAAGCAACUAAAAUUCCUUUUCCCAGCUUCCAAUCCAACAUGUUGAAAGACUUGAGUUAGCUCAAUAUCCUUCUUAAUGGCCUUCACAGAUUUGGCAUGAAAGACAAUCCAAAUAUUCCCUCUUGGUGUUUUUCAAACUUUUGGCUUAUCCACAAUGAACAGUUUAUCUUCCUCAUGAUCCUGUGACAGACCACAGUCAUCUUUCAGUAAUACCAGCUUGCCUGCGGUAAAACUCGUGGCAGGAAAUGCAGACUUAACAGCAUGAAUCGCUAUCAGAAAUAGACAGGCUUGGAAGCCUUGGAAAGAGAACUUGCAUUCUUAAGAGCAAUUUUGUUGAACUUUUGUGUGUGUUUAAAAUAGAUCUGAGAGUCACCAAUGACCUUUCAUAUCUCUACCUUUCUCCUACUGGCAUGAAAUAGAUAUCUAAGGUGGAAAAAACCCACCCAGACAGUAAUAGGAGGGUAAAUAAAAAAUGAGAAAAAAUUGCUGAAGUCCAGGAAACCUUUCUUAGUGUCAAGGUGCAGUGUAUUGCAGUUCAUUCUAAGGGUAAGAAGGAGACCCGCAAGGAGGGAUUAUACAUCACUGAAAGAAAACCCAAGGACUCUUAAGGUGCAGUGAGAGGGAGGGAGUGGGGCAGGUAACAGAAAAUGAUGGGCAAGAAAUGUUGUGAGGGUGCAUAAGCCUGUAUGUGAUGGAGUUUUUCUGUUUCUAAGUGUUAAAGUACUACAUGAUUUUCUUUUAAGUUCAUUGGCUGUUUAUGCAUGAUAUAAUUACUCUUAACUAUAUAAUUAAUUCUUUUUUUUUUCCUGAGUAAUAAGCUGUGUUGAGAAAGAGGAGCCAUUUUUUUUCCCAGUUCUGCUGAAGAAAGUGGUGUAAUGUAAGAGCAUUUGUUCAGAGCUGCCGCUUUAAGAUCAGUAAAAGGCUUUGGUGUCAGACCUGAAGGUGGGCUUCUAUUCCAAACCAACACGUUUCUUUUUUCAAAUAUAAAAUUUGUACUAAUAAAAAAAUAUUUCUUCCUGUAAACCUUUCCUUUUAUAUGUUAAGAGCAUUGUGAUUACAAUAACUUUACUAUUAGUUCAUAUGAUCAGGUCUCAAAAAAUUCUGUAGGUUCUGCUAUGUCACCUGUGAGGUGGGAUGUUUUCUCCUGACUUUGCAAUAUUAUUUAAUAGCGAUAAUAAGAAGGAGUUUUCUGGUUGUGCCAGCUGUUUCCUCCUGCUGGGUUAAUGGGACAGCGCUGAUUUAGAAAUUGUAGUGAAAUGCAUUGGGUUUUUUUCAGAAUUUAAAUCAUUAUAAACCCUGUUUUAAAUCUGAAAGGUGUGCAAAUGGUGUUUGGUGUUCUUGACAGUGAAAGGCAGGCAGUUGUAGCCUCUGAAAAAGAAUAUUGAUGAACAUUCUAAGGGAUUUUCAAUUUAGUCCUUUCCUAAUCAAUGGGGUUUUUUGUUAGUCACUUCUUUGGCCAUUUAUGCAUAGUACAAACAAUUCCAUGUAUGAUCGUGCUCUAUCUAGGCAUGUUCUAAAAUGAGAUGUCCAAAUUCAUGACCAAAUUCAGUAUCUGGAUUCAUAUCUUAGAUAUGCAUCACUUUGCUGGGCCUUGCAUUGCUGUGGUUUUAAUAAUCAAGAAGAACAGUGAGUGGGGGAACUUUUAUUCAGCUCAGUGGCUUUUGGAUGAAGCCCAUUUGCAUUGUGAUUGGUACUUUAACAACUACCUGUUCCUCCUGUCCUUCUGCACUUCAUGGGGCAUUGGAAGAGCCUGCUUUAGAGAUGGGGUUUAUAAAUAAAAGAACAUUUGAUAUGACCCCACAGAGCAGAUACUAUGAUCUGAAGAUCACUUCAGGAGCCUGGAACUUGCAGAGUAACAUGCCAUUGUCAGGCUAGGGGAGCUGGGCAGUGGUUUUCUUCUGCAAUGAUAAUGACUGUUUUAGGGCAGAAUGAGUUUCUGCUCUAGGUACUUGUUCAAUAUCCACAUAAGCAUCAUUAAAUAAAAUAAUGUAGUGAACACUGGAAGCAAGGGUCACAACAUACAGCUCCGCUUCACCAGAGGAAUCCACUUCUUACAGGGUUACAGAAUCAAAACUUCCAUAAACUUCAUCUGUUGCUGAUCCUGUGAAUCUUCCAUUCUCUUCCGCAUGAGGUCCAGCUGCAGUAGGGGUGGUAAAAAUCAUUUUACAAUCCUGUAGCCUGGUGAUUCAAGGAGCUGUUGUGAGUCACAGGUCUUCAAUUUCCUGAUCAUUAGCUUGACCCACAAAGAUACUGUGCGAAAGGAGGGUGCUGCUACCUUCCCCAGUGCUAGGUACUCAUAUACCGGAGAGGAAUCAUCAUUCUGAUGAUUUGGGAGCCAACUAUGACAUGCCCCUUUCUGUAGUGCUUCUCACUAAGUAGUUCCAGCCCCUCAGGCUGUAUUUUUGAGUAAUGAUUCACCGUUGUUCCAUAUAUGGUCAAAAAAGGAGAGGUACACAUCUCAAUUAAUGCUGUAAAUCACAUUUUACAGCUUUCAAUUUACAUUGAAUAUACAGUUAUGAAAUCAUUGCAACCCAUUCCUUACUGUAUGCUCAAACGUCAAAGAUUCUGCCUAUGUUUUAACAGCAGGCAUUUUUCUCUUCGUUGCUCUGAGGUAAUCAGUUCGUUAUUCUCUUAUCAUAAUCUUCCUCAACCAGAAACAUAUUACCUGAAUUUGCAUGAGAUUAGGGUAGUAAGUAUAUUGUGACCUCAAUAAUUCUAAUUAAGAUCUAUGCUGAACUGUCUGUGUUAGCCUGGGGGUUGUCUUUUAUGUAAAGAAGGAAAACAAAGCCGAAUGAUUUUGCUAGAAAAGGACGCCUGCAUUGGAAAGACCCCUGAGACCUCGGGGAACAGUAGCUGGAGAAUUUCUGAGAAUCCUGAAUCUCUGCAGGGUAAUGGAAAACAAACCCAACCCAUCCUGCCAGUCCCUGUGUAGUUUUGUGUUGAUUCAGUCAAACACAUUUGUACACACAGUCUUGUUCCCUUACAACUCCCAUGAAGGAUCUCUGUCUCUUCUCAUGCCCUACGUGCCCCCUCUGCUCUUGCUACAGAGCUGAAAUUUUCAUGAAAAGAAACCUCGCAUGUCAUGUUCUGUACGUGGAGAAUAAAUAGUGCAAUGACUUCA